AUGCCGACAAACCCUGCGACUAGUACUAGUGUGCAAGAUAAUAUUAUGCAACCUAGUACUUCCCAACAUGUAGACAGCGUUGCCCCGAGUGAGACGUCUAAGUCAAAAUCAUCACGCUCGUCGUCCACAAUUAAGGCUCAAAAGGCCGCCGUAGAGGCCCUCGCCCUGCGCCGACGUCUUGAGCACGAGCAGGAGCUCGCUGAAAGUGAGAGGCAACGUGAACUACAGCUGGCCGAACGCGAGAGGCAACGUGAAAGUCGACUGGCAGCACUCCGUCAGCAGGUAGAGGAUGGCGAACUGCAGGCCGAACUUGCCGCUCUCGACGCGGAAGCCGCGGCAAGUCGCAGCAGUCGCAGUGGUUCUGCCAGGAUAUUGAAAAUAUUAGUCGGUUACAAAAUGCACUUCGCGGCGCGGCCCGAGAUGCAGUCGCGUCACUGUUGCUGGCUACAGAGGACCCGAACGAUAUUA